AUGAAUGGGCGUAACGAUAACCUGUUGCCUCCCAUUGGAAGCGAUGAUAGGGUUACUGGGUCGGAGUCGUCGAUGGAGGAUUCCUCCCCGGGCACCGUUCCGCCUUCGACGUCGAUAGAAUCUGGCCAAGACGGGGACAAUGUGCUGUGGCCGGAGGAGCAGCAGGGUGAAAACAACACUUCUUUGAUGUGUGAGGUUGAGAAUGGCACUGCGGCGGCAGCAACACCGGAGGCGGCGGAGGAUUUGUCUGUGCCCUCGUCGGGGCUUAUCAACGAGGGGUGUACUUGCUACCUGAACUCCCUGUUGCAGCUACUCUUCCACCUUGGCUACUUCCGCAACGCCGUCUACCGCAUGCCAGACGAGGCUGACGAGUAUGGAUGCAGUAUUCCUCAGGCACUGAAGGAAUUGCUUUUUCAUAUGCAGAAACGCACGACACCGGGGCACACCAAAAAGUUAACCGCCGCGUUUGGGUGGACAGAGAGGGAGCUGUUCAUCCAGCACGACAUUCAGGAGAUGGCAACCCUGUUGCGUGACAACCUGGAGGAGAAAAUGAAGGGAACGGUGACGGAAGGGACCAUCAAUCAACUUUUCGAGGGACGUGGGGAACAGGUGGUGAUGACGCUCGAUAAGGCGCACGUGUCCCGAAGCCGUGACACGUUUUACGACAUUCACCUGCCGCUGACUCCGUACGUGACUCUCAUUGAGAGCCUCCGUUCACUGACGGUCAAGGAGCAGUUGGUAGGGGACAACAAGUACCGUGUUGAGGAACCUGGGAAGAAACCGGAGUACAAGGAUGCGGAAAAGAGCUACGAGUUUCGCCGUUUUCCACCUGUUAUUUGGUUUCACCUGAAACGGUUUGAAAUGAAUCUUAUGUCACCCUCGCUUGAGAUGAAGAAGGUGAACAGUCGCCUCGAAUUCCCCCUGGAGCUGUGUCUGCAGGAGUUUGAGAAGGGUGAUGAGGGCAGUGAUACGGGAGCGACGCAGAAUCAAGGCAACGAGAAGCAUGCGGGUCAAACGAUGGAGCCGCAGCAACAGCCAUUCAGCACACAUUCACCCGCCAUUUAUGACUUGCAAGGUGUUAUCGUGCAUCGUGGUUCAGUGCGUAGUGGACACUACUACUGCUACAUUCGUCAGUGGGACCCUGUCCAUGAACGCUUUGUACGCUGGAUUGAAUACGACGAUGAGAAAGUCACCGUCGUGUCGGAGGAUUUGGCUGUUAGUAACAACUUUGGGGGGCACCUGAUGCGGCAAGGCCGUUCAUCGGCCGUCAUGGCCACAAACAAUGCGUAUAUACUAUCCUACGUGCGGCGUGCUGAUUGCCCCAAGGUGUUGGCCCCCCCGCCGUUGGAUAGUAUUCCCCAACGUGUGUUGGACGCAUUAGAGAGUGAAAUACUCGAGGAGGAACGUCGGCAGCGAAUAGAAGAUGAACAGCGCCGCAAACUGAAUAUUGUCCUCUUCACCGAUGACAUCAUUCGCGAGUACGUUGACGCCUUUCCAAGUGAACUCUUCCCUAGAGACACACGAACCGCUGAGAUACCUGGAAUUGUAUUGGAGGUGCAGAAGCAAGACACAGUGCGCUUAGUAUAUGAUAAGGUUGCCACGCAUAAACAGUUGAGUGCCUUGCACUUAGUCCCUGGCGAAUUUUGUUUAUGGCGUUCCCUGGCACAUCGAGGGCAGCGUCGAGAUAUCCCGCUUAAAAUACAUACCUCCCGUGGAGACACUUUGAUGACUAGCUACCUUGACAGGAACGAGGAACUUGGGAGUCCCAUGACGACGAUUUUACUCUACCUACAGCUGCCCACAACGUUGCCUCCGUUCCCUGUGACGGAUGCAACACCUCUUAUCUGUGAAGCGCAAAAAAGCGUGGGUGUGAAUGAGAUCAGGUGCUCCAUGCACCUUCGUUACCCAACCCAGCUUGACGCUGUUAUGCUUUAUUUGGAAUGCAGCUGCGACCGGCGUUACCAGCUCCUUGUCUAUCUGGAGCUCCUGGACACCGAUGGGUUUCUACUGGAAUACAAAGAUCGCGGAUACGCCAGUGAGCAGACUGUGUUUAAUCUCAAAGUUAAUCCAGAAGGGCGACUUAUACAGAAACUGGUGUAUCAAAUUGAGACUCCAGGGGUGCCGUCAAGCGUGGGGGUGCGUGAGAUACGUUUAGGUGCCCCUGCCGCGGCAUUACCGAGCCUGCAGCCAAAAUACAGUCCGGGUGAGGCGGUGUUGCAAGAACCGACCAAGGGCAGUGUCUUGAUUUUUUUUAAAUACUUCAAUUAUGUGACGCAUCGUCUGACGUACGCCGGAUCAGCGAUAGUACCGCUAACCGCUACGAUAGAGGCUUGUGCGAAUGUACUACGUCAUCUGUUAGGUGAGGAGGGUACAGUUACGAGACCUAUUCAAAUGCUUGAGGAAAGGCGUGGAAUCGUGCAUCCGUUACGUAACGACGAAACUAUUGCCUCCAUAUCCGCAGUGGUGCUCGUUGGACAACAGAAGGACGCGCCACUGGUAUGUUGCUACCCAGGAGUCGAAAACUAUCUCAGUGCACUUUCGCAUGCCAUCCAUGCACGCAUCAUGUACGUCAAGUUUGGCAAAAGAAACACUUCGCCCACGUUGAUGUUGGAUAGCAAUAACAGCAGGAGUGGUGGUAGUUGUAGUAGUGUUUAUACUACUGGAAAAGGUGAAGUCGGUAGGAGUAGUGGUGACGUUUUGGCUGGUGACGACGGCGCGGGAGGAGGUGUGGCUGGGAAGUGUCACGUCCUGGAAUUUGUUUUGUCAACCGCGGAGGACAGUGGGGAAUGCUGUGACACCAACUUCUACAACUCACGGAGGUUUGAGGUUGUCAGGGAGUAUGCGAUGACCAUGGACACUCGCUGGAGCUACGCAGAGGUGUGUCACGUGGUGGGCGAGAAGAGUGGCUAUGACCCAAAUUAUAUUCGGUUGUAUCGUGCCGACACCAGUGUGGCAGAGCAGCUGUCGCCCGAGGUGGAUCCCUCACUGAGCACCGAAACGGUGGGGAACAUUUUAAAUAGCGGACGAAACGCCUUUUUCUUUGAGGUGCUGCCAGAACCCCGGCGUCUCAUCGAGGCCAUGCCGCGGGUGAUUGCGACAGUUCGCACCGAAAAGAAUGAACCCCUUUAUACAGAGAAACUGGUGGUGCGUCAAAAUGUGACAUUUGGAGAGCUGGUGCAGGGGAUCCUGCAGCGAUGUUUUUUGGUGUUGCAACGGCGGCGUUCCGCUGCUUCUGCCGCUGUCACUGACGGUAGCGCCAGCAGUCAUACAAGUGAUCAUGCCAUGAGGACUGGUGCGCAUAGCACCACCUCCACCCGUAGGAGCAGUCGUGCGACAACCCCUUUUGUCAUUGGUUUACACUACUUGAUUCUGGUGGUGGACGUGGGUGCCGGUGUGAUCAAGCAAAUUAUUGAGGCUCCCAUGACGCCAGACGGCAAGUGCAACUGUCGGAUGCCUGUUCUGGCGGGGAGGGAACCGUUGACACUCUCGCUGGUGCCAGCGCAGCCGUUGCAGGAUAAUCAAUUUCGUCUCGCUUGCUGUCAAGGUGAAUGGCGGGAUGAAAUGUACGGGUAUCCGCCCCUCACAUUUGGACAGCCAUUUGUCGUGACUGUCAGCGACUCCAUCACCGUUACGGGGGCGCGGGAGGUGCUGCUUGCGUACACGGGGGUUUUGCCGAGUGAGGUGGAGUCGUCAAAAAAUGGUGUGCUGAUGUACCUCGAUGUGGUUCGCUCCUUCCCGUCAUGGGACGAUAAACUUUUCCUAUACUGGAAGUGUACGGAGAAUCAUAGUAACCGCAUUCCCUCGCUGAUGCUGAAUCACAAGCGGCCGCGGGAAAGGCAAGGGUCCCGUUACGUUGCGCAGAACAACCCCACACUGCGGAUAUCAAAGAGAUGA